AGACGCUGUAAUAUGAUAAUAAUGCAAACAAAGUAUAGAUGACUCGGUAAUUAAAAAUGCUAAAUAUAAAGCAAGGGAUGCAAAAUAUCUUUAUCAUUUUUAAAUCUUUAAACUUUCGUUAUAAAUAUUUUUGUCUUCAUAUCCUGCAAAAUGUAUCUUUCAAUUAUAUAAUCUGCCUUAUUUUUAUCAUUGUAAUAUCCUCCACCUGUAGUGGGCCCAAAUCCUUUUUUUGCAAGUUUCUCGAUUCAGCUCGUUAACAAUGGUUCGGAACAAUCACAAUUGGUGGGUACUUAUCAGUGAGUUUGUAAACAUUACUGCGAACAAUAUGCAUUUUGAUGUCUACAUUCAGAGCAAAGGCACAGCCCAACGAUUCUAACAUGGAAUUUAUUCUCGUUGAGUUAUUAUUAUUUUUGUUGACUUCGUGUACGUGCUCUUCAGACUGGGUUUCAGAAUGGAUGGGCCCAGUUCAAGGACAGUUCCAGGGAGAUUCACAAAGGAGGUUCGACGACGACCUGAAGAUGGUGCAAAUGAGCCAGUACCAGGAUAGCCCAAAAGAGGCGGAAUACCACAUGAGUAACAACGAGAUGAACACGGUGAACCUUAAGAUCAAGCUAGAGGAUACACUGCGGACUGCAAAAUCCUUAGCCGAGACUCUGAAAGUGCAGAUUAUCGAGUUGGUCGCAAGAGAGAACUUGCUCAAGGAAGCUAUUGUGAACGGCAGGCCCGGGGUUUCUACGCUGACGGUGUCCACAAUGAGCCAAGUGCCUCGCUCAUACAUCAUCCGCGACGGGCGCUGGAUGCUCUGCAACGGAAUGAUCCAGUUCCCGGUGCAGAGCCAGACUUCAUCAACGAACCUCUUCAACGGCCUCUUUACCGAGCCCAGAUGUAUCGGGAGAGAGGUAUCCACUGUCCAAGACCCUUGCGUAUUCAACUCUGUGAUCAAAUACGAAGUGGUGCCAACCACUAGAAGGCUGGUGUACACCGAGGACGACUACCUCUGCCUGAAGCCGUCCUUCAACAAGACGCUGGAGCGGUACAUGAGCGUCACGAGACAACUUAUCAACGAGACGUGCAAAAACGGUAUAAUUCGAAGUUUGGCUGAAAAUACGUUAGAGUGCGGAAUAAGGGUGUUGUCCGAAUACAGUUUCUACCCUCACCGAAGCUCUGCGGCAGCCACUUUGCCCCUCGAGUACUGCACCGAGAAGGAUGGCUCAUGCAAACUAAUCGUAGCGUGGCACGUCUCUAACGCGACCAUAGAGAACUUUGAGUUCUUGAAAAACGAACACAACUUCAAAAAGUAUUUUAUAAAAAGUGGACCCUAUAUAGAACACGUAAUUUGAACGUUUUAGGAUCUUGAAUUGUGUUUUUCG